GAUCAGUUUCUUUUACGUUACAAAUCCCGCCAGGCCAAAACCUGCUGUCAGUUGUACCAGCGUCAACCCGGAGUUACUCCGCAGCGGCACCGGUUAAAGGGAGCGUAGCACUCGCCCUGCAGCAGCUGACUGGCGUGAAGCUCAUCCCCCUUCACACGCAGGGCGGGCGGCCCGAACAGGAAUGAGGAAGUGGAGCAGCUGGUGAAGGUGAAUGUUUAAAAAGGCGCCAGCGCCCGGGCGGCUCCGGCCCAGGCCCAGGCGGACGAAGGCCCGACCCUGAUGCUACGUGCUCACCCUCACGCGGGAGCGCACUCCGGCUCGGCCCCGCUCCUUCUCCAGGCUGGCCGCCCUCGGGGGCGUCGGCAGGGGGUGAGCCCCGCUGGGGGCAGCAGCUCCGCCUUGCACUUCGCUUCCCGCCGCCGCUUGCAAGCGUCAGCGCGGCGCCAUGUAAACCGGGCUGCGGAGCGGCGCGGCCCGGCCGGCGGGAGCGGCCGCCUCGUCCUCCUCCCCUGCAGCCGCAGCGCAGCGGGGAUUUCCCCCCCCCCCCCUUGCUCUAGAGAGCGGCCCGGGCGGCUCCGUCUCGCAGACCCGUCAGCAGCUGCCCUUUCGCAGCGAGUUACCUUCCCCUCUCCCUCCCCUGCCCUGCCGCCGCCGCUGCUCUCACUUCCUUCCUGGCUGGAAAUUCCCACUGACGUUUCGAGAGCGAGAGAGAAGCGGAGGCCGCCGCGGAAGGGCGGGGAGGUUGCCAACGAGAGAGGCGCUCCCAAGGCGGAGCAGCUCCCGGGAUGCCCGCGGGGGGAGAGGGCAGCGCAGAUUGCCCAAGCAGAUGCCGUAGCACAGCAAGCAUGGAGCCCGUUCAGCUCACCGCAGCAGUUAAGACCACCUUGCGCGUGAUCAUGCAGUUUAUGCAGAACCAGAACCUGAAAAACCAGGCGAGGAGGCGACCGCAG